CCAGGUGCUGUUAAUUUGGCUCCAACUGAGGAAAACAUUACCAGUGAUACUAUUCUUAAGUUUAGUUUGAAACUUACGUCUAAACCUUAAAAUAAAGCAUAAAACCUCCGGGCAUGGUUUACCUGUCGUUGUUGUUCGUGUUGCCGCUGUUGUGCUCCGCUGAUGGAGAAACAUCGCCGAUGUUUGGGGCUUUAAAUCAAAAGACGAGAAAAGUUUCGCGGAGAGAAACACCGACUCUGCCGCCGCCGUACCUGCACCUCCCCGUGUUUGUGGACUCAAGGCUGCCGCUGGUGAAAAAGGACCAUUUUUCUCCAUCCAAAGGCACCGGGCAGGAGCCUGUACCCGAGCCCGUCCGAGAGGUCCUGCUCCCGGUUCGGAUUAGCACGAGCCCGCCCAGCGCUUCGGGUGUUUCCGUAAAGACUUCGUGCAGGCUCAACAAGAUGCUCGUGAAGGUCCAGAGGAGCAUUUUAGGCGCCAGUGAACCAGACUCUCAGCUAAAACUGGGGACAUGCCAAACCAGUAAAUCCACGAGGGAUUACCUUUACUUUGAGUAUGACCUUAACAAGUGUGGAACUAAACGCACGGUAAUUAAUAACCAGGUGGCCUAUUCAAACAUGCUACAAUAUGACCCCCCAAGGGCCCAAGGACCAAUCAGGCGAACUGUGCCCUUCACCCUGCCUGUUGCAUGUUAUUAUAACAGGUACCAAUACUCCUACAAAAUUGGUUACACACCAAAGAUGCGGAUGCGCAAGAUCUUCAUAACAAUGAGGAACAGGGCAAAAUUCAUUCUGACCCCACGAAAUGCUCAGUGGGAAAGGCUUUCCCCGUCAGAUCAGUAUGUGCUCGGGAAACCCAUGUACUUUGAGGCUGAGGCUCCGUCCAUGUCCCAGAAUGAAAGACUAUAUGUCCAUUCCUGUUACGCUACUCCCGAGAAGUCUCACACCUCCAAGCCUCAGUUUCCAGUUGUAAAAAACUUUGGGUGUAUGAUUGAAAGCAAGGACAGUCGCUCCAGAUUCAUCCCAUACAAAAACAAUGCUGUCAGAUUCUCUGUGGAUGCCUUCUUGUUCAAUGGGAUGGUAGGCCAGCAGCUCUACAUGCACUGCUCCAUGUCUACAGCCGGUUCUGUCCCCACACCAACGGCCAAAUCCUGCAACUACGACACCAACACAAGAAGAUGGGUUGAGCUGUAUGGACCAGACUCGGUGUGCCGCUGCUGUGACUCCAACUGUAGCUCUGCUGCAUCCACAGUGACCAAAAUAAUCAGCAGCAAGCCAUGGACAAUAGAGCCUAAAGUGAAAAUCCCCAAAGCCCCAAAGAGGAAGACGGUCUCCACCGCAACAAUAACAACCACAACAACAACAACAACAACAGCACCACCAGAGACGACCAGAGACGUGACUGACUGGAGGACGACUUCACAGGCGGAGACUUCACGGGGUAAGGUGGUGAACAUGGUGGGGGAGUUGAAGUGGCCAUUCGGAGGUGAAGGAGUGACGUGGGUUGAGGUGGAAGGCGAGGAGAAGCAGGUGAAGGGCUCUGCCGUUGUGGAGGAGGAAGAGGAGGAGGAGGAGGUGGAGGUGGUCACAAUACCCCGUACAAUAUUUGAAGAUAUCUUUGAUUUUGACAAAUAAA